AUGUCAGGCCAACCGCCCCCCGGGCAGGGACCGGGCCAAGGAGGACAAGGAGGACCACCAGGACCACCAGGACCACCAUACCCACCUAACUGGAAUCCCGACGAUCCCUAUCAGCAGCAGCCUCAGUAUCCGGGGCAAUAUCCUCCUCCCGACGGUGAACGCUACUAUCCUCCACCUCCGCCGCAAUCGCAAUACCCUCCUCCCACCAUGGCGGCUGUUCAUCACCCAAGACAAGAUCCUUAUCAUUUGCCUCCACCACCACCAGGCUACCCUCAAGAUCCCUAUGGACAACCUGGAGUCGUCUACCAGGCUGCAGCACCGCGCCAACGAACGGCAAUUGCCUGUCGCUACUGUCGCCGACGGAAGAUUCGUUGCUCCGGAUUCGAAAGCUCAUCGGAUGGGCGUUGUACUAAUUGCGUGCGAUUCAACCAAGAAUGCAUGUUCACACCCGUCUCGUCACAGGCGCAAGCCUUUGUCCCCGCACAUGCCGCCUACCCUCAUCUACGCAACGCAGGACCAGCGCCCCGUGGUGCUGGUACCCCCAUGCUCUACGGAGCCCAUGGACAGCCUCUGCCUCCUCACCAGCAACAGGAAACUACCUUGCCGCCGCCUCAAGGGAUGUACCCGCAGCACUAUGGCCCCCCCCUUGCAUCGUCGAUGCCGGAUCCGAGACAACCUGGUGGUCGACGAGGCUCGGGAUCUGAACCCGCUUAUCCCGAUCCGACAAAUCUUGCUCCCGUUACCCCCGCCGGGUCCCUCCCGGGAUACCAGACCCCUAGCCCCUACUAUGCUCCUCACCCGCAAGAUCGGCGUGGCUCGCCCUCUGCCUACGGCUACGAAGCACGCCAUUCUUCUUCGCCCCACGGCUCACCAUUCCCGCCCAUUAUGCCGCCACAAAGUAAUCCCACUCCACCUCCUUCAACCUCAGCUUCAACACCCAGCGGCUCCGCUCGUGCGGGUCUGAACGUGCGCGACAUGCUAAACCCCGGCGAUCCCCACACUCGCAGCCCCGCCGAUAACAACAUGCUCAAUGCGCUUGACCGCCGUGGACCUGGUGGACCCGGUGCACCCGGCGCACCUGGCCAACAUGGAGCACCUGGCCCACCCGGCGCACCUGGUCAACAUGGUCAACAUGGCCAGCCUGGCCCACCCGGCGGACCCGGUGGACCCGGUAUCUAA